CAGAGUUAUCAAAGGCUUUCUUUGGAAAUAACCAGCUUUUAGCAAUGAGGAUCAGCUUAGGACAAUUAUAUGAACAUUAGGUUGUAACUUCUUAGACUGUUUAACUGAAAUUUUUAGCUAGGAUGAGCAAGGAAACUUAAUGUAGAGCUCUGGAUAAACUAACAAUUGCAAGUACUGCUAAUAAAAUGGGGCAGUGUGCAAAUGUACAUUAUUCAAAUGUCAUGUUGGUUGCUGUCGACUGUUCUAAAUGCUCACCUGGAGCUUGUCAUUCCCCUGCAACUUAACAAGCCUUAUUUCCUUUAUAAAAAUUUUAAUGAGGUUCUUCUUUGGAGAUUAGCCUUCCAGUAAAGUUUAAGCCUAACAUUACAUCAAGACUUUACAGGAAUUCAAUUGGGGAAAAAAAAUUUAAAAACUUAGUAUCACUCUCCACAUUUUAGUAAGUACUCUUAUCUUUUUAAGUAUGGGAAAAGGAAGAGAAUCUGUUUGGAAGAAUAUCCUAUUGUCCACCAAGACCUUCAUAGUGGAAAUAUGUUGUUUUGGUACCUCAAAACUGUUCAAACAAGUGCUUUUCAGUCUGAGUGCUUUUGAAAUGCUUCACCCCUGCAUCCCUGUCCUGUAAGAAAAUAUUUUCAUUUUUCGAGUCCUUCUGUCAAAGGGCAGAGAAGGACUUACGAGCAAAAAUGUACUUCAUCUUGGCAAAGCUGGGAACUGUGAAAGUAUUUAAAGCCUCAAUUAGUGCUAUCUUGCUUGAUUAGGAGUUGGAUGUCAUUUGUAACUUAGUCUCCUGUUCUUGUUGCUAGCUUAGGCAUCAGAAGAUUCACAGGUGUUGAGUGUCACUGUAGCAUCACUGCUUGUAGAGGGCCUAGACUUCUGUUGUGUUGGAUAGACAAAACAUCAACCUUUUCACAUGUGCUGCUUUAUCAGGUUGCUGUGAACUGAUUUUGGCCCUGAGUGAAAUGCUCUGCAGUGUUCAGUUUGAUUACCCUGAGGCCAGAGGACAAAAGCUUUCUCUGGAAGCCCACGUGACAGGAGGUGAGAAGGCUGCUCUUGAACAGCUGUGGUGGGUUGGCCUUGGCUGGACACCAAGUGCCCACCAAGCUUUUCUGUCGUUCCCUUCCUCAGCAGCGAGCAAUGCCUGGCCGCUUCCCGGGAAGCAGGGCUUCAGCAUGCGGAGCAGCUGCUCCAGAGGCAAACUCCUGGCACUGAUUUCAAGGCCUUUCCACUGUGGGAAAGCUCCUGAGCAGUUCACUCCUGGGCUGGGUCGAGCUGGCUGUGACAGCGGGUUUGGAACUGCCACUGUCCCCCCUGGUCCCGCCUGCCCCGAGGCACAGCUGCCCCGAGGCACAGCUUCAAGGCUCCGGUGCUUCCCGUUCGGAUGGGGGCUCUGGAGUGUCUGUGUCAGCACUAAUUAUGUGGUCUUGCUGCUUUAGGAAAGCUCCCUGUGGUCCCUCAGCACAAUCCAUGGCUCCUGAGCACUGCUGGAGCAGCUCAGCCUGGAGACUGUAGAGAACAAGUAAUUUCCCUGGGGAAUUCCUGUGGAUGUGUGUGUUCUUCUGUGGUUUGUGGUUAACUUCAUGUGUACCAAUGCCACUAGUGGAUAACUAGAGUAUUUUAGGUGCUGUUCUUUACAGGACUGACUCAAAAAAAAAAAAAAAAAAAAGAGAGGAAAAAAUAGAUUACAGAAUGGCUGAGGUUAUGUCAGACUGCCAUAGAUAAUGCUGCUCCUGCUCUGAGGUACUAAUCACAGCUGGUGUAUUGGCACCCACAUGGAAAGAAAUCAUAUGCCAAAAUAGUGUUUUGAGCAGUGAUUGUAAUGUAGCAAUUCUCAUAAUAAAAUAAAACUGAUUGGUCUUCUUGAAAUUAUUUUGAGUAUUAUUAGAGGAGGAGAAAGGAAAUCCGGAAUGCUGACGUUUAAAACUGUGGUUAAACUUGCAACAGACUGUAGUGAUAAGGGAAUAUAGAGAGAGUAGACUUCAUGUUUGCCAAGAAUUUGGUGUUAGCUUAAUCUUUUGAAUUAUACUGAAUAAUUCAAGGAGAGUUAAGCAAUAAUAUAAAGAAAAGGGAAGCUUUAGAAAGUUAACUUGAAAAGGGGGGAAGACACAUAACUAGGGGUGUAGAGGAGAAUGAAGUAUAGGGCAGGAAUUUGAACACUUCAUGUUUUGUGCUCGAUGCAGCCUUUCCAUGCAAUCAGAACUCAAUGUAAAAAAUAUAUUAACUGAAACCUAUAGGAACAGAACUGCUCUUUGAAAAGGAGCUACGCUGAACAGCUGAGUAAAUCAACGGCAAUAAUUUUCAUCUGAAAAAGAUCUGACAAGGGGACAUGGGCUCAAGCUCUGCCAGGGGAAGUUUAGGUUAGAUGUUAGGAAGAAAUUCUUUACAGAGAGGGUGAUCAGGCAUUGGAACGGCCUGCCCAGAGAGGUGGUGGAUUCACCAUCCCUGGAAGUUUUUAAAAAGAGAUUGGACAUGGCCCUUAGUGCCAUGAUAUAGUAAUUAGAGUUGGAUCAGGGGUUGGACUUGAUGAUCUUGGAGGUCUUUUCCAACCCAAUCUAUUCUAUGAUUCUAUGAUUCUAUGAAUUCAGGAUUUAUUUUGCCUUUUGUAGGAGUGUUAUCAUGAAAAACAGAUUUGGAUUGUUUUUUUCCCCCCAUAACUGUUUUUUAUUAGUGUUUGUUGUCUUUGGAUGUUUCAGAAGAAAGGAUUUUAAUAUUCAGCUUUGACAUGUGAAAAACUUCAUUUCAUAUGACCUUACUCCUACAUGGAUUCUGUGCCUUAAACUGUAAGUAGAGAUGGGAAGUUUUUCCAUAAUCUUUCUGCCUUUCAGGAACAAGGUAUAUCUACAAAUAUGUAGCACCUUUAAAUGUGUAACUUCAUUUACUGUGAAUGAUGCAAAGUUGAGAACUAAAAAACCCAAAGAAUACAUCUGCCUUUACAGACAUAUCUAUCUAUCUGUAUAUCUGCCUUUACGUGUGUAUCCAUAUAUACAUGUGUGUAUACCUGUACAAGCUAUGUUAUAUACACACAACCUCUUAGAAAAAGUAGUGGUAUCACGUAUGAAUUCAGCUUGCUGAUUAAGGGGAGCAGACAGUCUGGGCUGGAUUAUUUUUGGUCUUUCUGAUGUAUAGCUCAGUUAUUAGCUGAAGAGAAUCCUCGGAUUAAAUGUGCUUCUGACACAGAUUCCACUUUACAGCCCAUGUGGGCUGUGAUGCGUUAGGAAAUCAGCACAGACCAGCUUUGAUUUGUGUAUUGCUGUAGCUAACAAAGAAAUGAGUUAACCUGUAGGACCUUUCCAGCUGGAUUGCUUCAUGGUAAUUACUUUUUUCUCUCUUCCUUUUUUUUUUCCUUAAAUUGAAAGUUGGAUAUUUCUUGUGCUGCAGCAGAAAUCCCAGCAACAGAAGAUCAGUGCUGUGGUAUUACAGAUUCUCCCAGCAAUCACAGGCACGGUAGCUGAAGACAGACCCCAAGAGAUGAGUGCCCUACUGCCUGGGACAAGUUGCUGACAAUAAGAAACUGCUGAAGUGAGAGACAAUGUAAAGUAGGGGUUUUAUGCAAGAAAAGGGUUAAGGGGAUUUGUUCUCUUCUCCCUGGUAAUGAGUAGUUCUAAGGUUAGGUUUCUGCGGAUUAGAAAGGAUAGGAUGUCCAUAGAUUAGCCAGGGCAGUGAGGUUACUUGCUCUAUGAACAUCCAGCAAAUACUCUUUCCUUCUGGAAAUUCUGCACGAGCUGAACAUGGCGUGUUCUGUGGUGCCUGCAGGUAAGCAAAUAUGCACUGAACCCACUCUACUGCAAGGAUGCAUUUCCCCCACGCAGCUGUGAAAUUAAUUAGCUUUUCUCAUAGCUAUGAGAAAAAACUAAACUUGUGAUAUCUGUUUAAUUCCCAUUAGCUAAAUAGUAGAGGAAUGUAUGAAAGGGGAGUAGGAGCUUGAAAGAGAAUUUUUUCCUCCCUCCUAAUCUUCACGAAGUGUUCUGACUGGAAUGCCAGGUGUUACACAUUACUGAUACAUUUUGCCAAAAGAAGGUUCACUUCUUAACUGUACUUGUUUUUAGAAGCAGGUUAGGAAACUACCUGUUCUGGUAGGUUGGGAGAUAAUGUAGAUGAAAGAUACGUGACGGAUACGGGACUGUAAGACAAAUCCUUUCUUUGAACUACCUAGGUAUGUACUUCUAAGCUGAUUUAGUGUCAGUGUGGUGGUUGUUUUUAGGGGGGUUUUGGUUCCUCUUCAGUGAGCCCAGGCUGUUGGCAGUGAGCAGCUGGAAGCAGAGCUGGCUGCCCCUCAUGGCAGUGUGCGCUGCCCCCAGCUGUUCUCUGGGUGCUGCCUUUAGGAAGUGCUGUUUUAGUGGCGUUACCCGCUGCAAACAAGGGGCUCUCACCACCACUGCAGCUGCCAGGUUUGGUUCAGGGAGAGGCACCAGGAAUCACUACUGAGUGGAUCUGAUUACAAAGAGUAAUAGCAUAAAUUGUUCCAUCAGGAGCCUUAUGUAUGCAGGCGUGAUUCUGGGAGAUCUCACAGGAUGCCUUACACGAACAUAACAUUUUUAGUCUUCUCUUCCUAACUCUACCACCUCCUACUUGUGUUAAGUGGUUCUGGGGUCAAGAUGAGGAUAUGCAGUUUCAAAGUACAGGUCUAUAUCUUUGCUUAAAAUUUGUCAACUUAUUCCACUAGUAUUUAGGGUUACUGUUGUAGCUAAAAUACUUUCAAGUCUCAAAAAGUAUACACAAAGCAAGAUGGUUCUUUACACUGACUAGAAAAGGAAGCUGACAGACUUCAGUGGUGAGACUGGCCUAAUUACAUUUAUUUAAUGCAGAACAAAAGUCCUGAACAAGCCAUGUCAUUUGAGGUGCUGAAUAUCUCUUAUCAUGUUUUGCCUACUCAGUUUGCUGAAUUACAGUGGCUUAUUUGGAAAAAAAGGUUUCUCAGGGUGUUCCUUGCCCUCAAGCUAAUUUGCAGCCUUCAAUAUGCCAAAUCAUUAAUUUUGGCAAAUUUAAAGGUAGGAGUAAUUUUCCUUGUUAAAAGUGCUCAAUAACCUUGCCAAGCACAUUAACCAAACAAGUUCCCAAGAGUGGGGGGUGGUGUUCUGGAUGUCAGGUUCCAUGGUGGUGUCUCCUUUAGAGGCUCCACGAGGUGCAAAAUAGUCCAUUGAAAGACAAUUCUGAAAACUGUAUUAAAAACAGGGCUUGGGCCCCCUUGCACCUCUAGCCUUGUAUCAAUAGGAGCUUCUGACCUGUCUGACAAAUAGGGUCAAGCAGUUUCAUAUUCUGCUGCUGAAGGAAGCCCUGUGGCCCAAAAUUAGGAUCACUGAUGUUUGUAGACAUGAGGUGACUGACUCAUUUAGACUCCAAGUUCUGGUACACUCAGCAUGGAUAUCCAGUUCUGUCCCUAAUGACAGGCAAAAAGAAAUGUCUUCUAUUAAUGAGCAUCAUUAAUUGCUUGCAAUAUGUGUGAAUGGGAAGGACCUUCUACUGGCUGGAAGAUUAGUCAGGUAAGCCUUUUAGCAAGAAUUUCCAUCUAAUUUAUUUAGAUCCCUGGAUGAGGAGACCCUGAGCUCUGGCCUUAUAGUCUGCAUAGAUAAAAGUCUUGGGAAAGAAAGACACAGCAGUAAUUGUAAGUUUGUUCGAACUCUGACCUUUGUCCUUAAGCAAGCAAUCCAGGAGGUCUCUUUCUAAGGCACAGAAACCAGAUAUUAUUCUUCUUCUCUUCUGGUAAUGACUUUUUCAUCAUCUGCUGCUACUGACAGCUUCUGAAACCAGGCUUCACAGUUGGAAGCUGCUUCCCUUUUGCUGUGUGAAAAUAUGAAACUGUUGCUAAUGUAUGACUGAGGUGAGCUGUGUUGUUAAGAACUUGAUAGAUUUUGAUGUUUAAAUGCUGCCUCUGUUAGUGAGAGCAUAAACUCUGUAGUUUAAGAUGACAGCAAUGGAUGGAAGGGUUACUACAUGUUCAUUAUUAUCCCUGGCAGCUAUCCCAUAGCUGUACCCAAAGGGUUCACCCAACAAGGCAAGUAAUCACCUUUCUGUAGUUUUCCCAGUUUUUCUGGGAAAUCUGAGGUCAACUUGCAAGACAAACUGUGUCUAAAACUUCUAAAGACACUCAAGUUUACCAGAAGCUGUAAUACUCUAUGGAAAAAAAUUAAUUCCUUGAGUAUUUUAAAGAGAAAACAAUACUGUUAGUAUUUUAGCAGAAUCUGAAGUGUUUUAGCAUCUCCAGAAAUGCUGUUCUUUGUCUCUGAUUAAGAAACAGGCUUUCAUGACUAGAUUUAUAUGGCCUGCUUUGUUAAAUCCAUCAUUAGGCAGAUCAACUAAGCUUAACAAAGGGGAAGGCAAACUCUUAAAGGAAAAGAACUCAGACCACUGAAAAAUAUUAAAUCACUGCAGCUCAAACCUCAGUUGUAUUGGGGGAGGAUUAAACUGUAUUUUUGUGAGUCCUUGGAAGAAGUAAUCAUGAUUUUAAAAGCAGUCUCUGGAUUAGAAUUUCAAUAGAUGUAUCAGUGUAGAAGUAUCUUGAAAUGAAUUGCCCAGACUCAGCAAUAAAAUGUUUGACUUCUGAUUUUUUUCCUCCCUUAAUUCCACUGCUCUUUGAAGGCAGUUUUAUGAUUUAACAGGAGAGAGAGGAAGCAUGUUCUAAAAAUAAGUAUUGCGUGCAGUAAAAGUGACAGUAAUGCCUCCUGCUUUUGUAAGCAGAUCAAGAUAAUACUUUUCCUGCUUGUACCUUUGCUGUUUUCUGUCCACAGAGCAAUCUAGGGGAAAAUGGCUGCCUUUUUACUCUACUAGUCCAGGAGAUGAACUACUGUCUAUUUAACAGAGCUUGAGAGAGCGUUCCCUGUGUCACACUGUGGUUCACUGUUGGCUGCAGUGCUCAGAUACCUGAUGUUACAGCUGGUUUAACUUGUAGUCUGAAUCAUCUCCUGAGUGGCCACUUGAAAUGUUUAGCUCUUUACGAGUAAUCUUACAAUACUGGUAAUCAUGGCAAUAAAUUUGUAUCAAGUGUGAUUUGAAGUUGGGUCAGCUAGAACGUACUGAAGAUUCUGGAUGCUCUGGGGUGUAAAUGCACCGUAUGGUGUUCCCUGGGGAAUUUCCAGACUUGUUUCAGAAGAAGAGUUCAGAGAAUUUCCCGUAGCAAUCCUGGACUGCGUUGUUUGUUAUGAACAGCAGAUUGCAGAACUUCUUUCCAUUUUUAGUCUAAGGGAACAUUAUAAAUUAGUGAUAAGUUGUCCCAGAAUUUUAAGGGAGGGAAGGAAUUUGGACGAAAUUUUAGGAGGCUUAUAUUUUAUGUGUGAAAAGGUCAUGCGACAUGGAUACAGAUUAAUUACUAAGUACUGGCUUCCCUCAUCACCUAAAAAUGCCGAUUUUAAAAUUUGAAGAAAAAAAAAAAGGUAGUUACAUGCUGCUUUUUAUAAUGAAAGAAAAUAGUGACACUUUCUUUAGAUCAGCAAAUAACAUCUUUGAUUCCAUCUCUAAAAGUAGCAACUGAUUAUAAAUUGCCUGAGAGAGAUGAUGAUACCGGUAAGGUAAGGAGUGUGAUUUUUUAUUUGGUUUUGUGUUUUUUGAGUUUUAAUUCACUGUGAGAAAAACAAAUCCUUCAGAGACCUUAAACUCCAACAGUGAUAGAGGCAGAGAUCCCUUUUUUCAAAAUCAUGUCUUUGCUCAAUGAAAAUUCAGUAGAAACUCCAUAAUCUUUCAGUUUUAAUAUUGUGUCAAUAACAAGAGGAAUUAAAUGUAAUAUGGUUAUUUUCUAAGCUAUAUUGAUAUAAAACAAGUUUUAAGUAUUUGGAAAAAAUUGAAACUUUCCAUGGUAGUGCACUUAAAAAACUGGAGAACAGAAGAUGUACCAAAAAGCUUGCUGCUUUAGAUGACUUAAUGAAGCAAGCAAACGACAAUUCCCUAAAGGAAAGAAAAUGCCAUAUUGCAGUGGAGGUUUGUCCGUCUGCACAGUGAACACUGCUGAACUUACAGGUGGGACUCAUGUAUUUAAUUUAUUCUUGCAACCUGUUGUGCACUUUAAAUAUCAAUGAUUGCCUCUCCUUGUUUGAAAUUCUGCUUUCUUGUCAGUCUAAAAUACCUGACAGGAUUCUGACGUGUGCUCUUCUCCCUAGUUCAGCAUCUCCCUUUGUGAAACCCGCGUGGCGUGAAUGCCGUGUUCAGAGAGGGGGGAGUCUCCUUGAAUAAAGGAGAAGAUGGAGGUGCCAACAGUCUGCAGUAAAGAUAAUGGUGUAUCUCAUGUUCUGACUCUAGUGCUGCAAGAACUCAGCUUGCUCUGUAAGAGAGAUGUCAAUGGCGUUGGCACGUUGUACGACCUGCUCAGAUCCCGCUGGCUGCAAGCGCUUUUAAAGAUUUAUGAAUGCCUCCAGCACUAUCUUGGAAAAAGACCAGUUCCUGUCACGCUGCAGGCACGGGCAUUGAGUCGCGAGGUGGCAGAGUUACUGCGCGAGGCCCCUCCGUGCGGGGAGAUCAAAGAGCUGAGACGGCUCCUGCGCGCUCCACACUUCAAGGCAUUGCUAUCUGCUCAUGAUGCUGUGGCCCAGAAAGAUUUUGAACCAACCCUUCCACCACUGCCAGACAACAUACCUGAAAAUGAAGAAGCUAUGAGGAUUGUCUGCUUAGUGAAGAACAACCAGCCUCUGGGUGCCACCAUUAAACGCCAUGAGCUGACAGGGGACAUCACGGUUGCCCGUGUGAUCCAUGGUGGCCUGGCAGACAGAAGUGGGUUGCUGUACGCUGGAGACAAACUGGUGGAAGUAAAUGGAGUUCCUGUUGAGGGACUUGAGCCUGAGCAAGUUAUUAAUAUUCUGGCCCUGUCUCAGGGGACAAUUAUGUUCAAAUUAAUUCCAGUUUCUGAUCGGCCUGUCAGCAACCAAACAACACUUUACGUGCGAGCAAUGGCAGAUUACUGGCCCUUGCAAGAUCCUGCCAUACCAUGUGCUGAUGCAGGUUUGCCUUUUAAGAAGGGUGAAAUACUCCAGAUUGUGGAUCAGAAUGAUGCUCUCUGGUGGCAGGCCAGGAAAGUUUCAGAUCUCAGUGCCUGUGCUGGACUCAUACCCUCAAAUCAUCUUCUGAAAAGGAAGCAGCGAGAAUUCUGGUGGUCUCAGCCCUUCCAGCCCCAUCUCUGUCUCAAAUCAUCAAUGUUAAGCACUGUGGAAGAAGAGGACGACAUGCAGAUUGACGAGAAGUGUGUGGAAACAGAAGAGGAAGAAUUUGGUGAAUUUGGUCAACGAGUCUUUAUUGCUGGUUUCCGCAGGAGCCUGCGCCUGUGCCGCAGGAAAGCCCGGGCCAACCAGCAGUCGUGUUACACGCGGUGCCCCAGCAGCUGCUGCAGCUCCUUUGCAGCUCCCUAUGAGGAGGUGGUCAGGUACCAGCGGCACCCAACGGACCGCAACAGACUCAUCAUACUCGUGGGUCCCCCAGGAGUUGGUGUGAAUGAACUGAGGCGAAGGCUCAUCACAAGUAACCCACGAGAGUUUCAAAGUGCCAUACCUCACACCACUCGUGUUCAGAAAAGUUAUGAAAUGAAUGGUCGGGAAUAUCACUACGUAUCCAAGGAAACUUUUGAAAACAUGGUGUACAGCCACAGAAUGCUGGAGUAUGGGGAAUACAAAGGGUACCUGUACGGUACCAGUAUUGAUGCCGUGCGAACAGUCCUGGAGGAAGGGAAGAUCUGUGUCAUUGAUUUAGAACCACAGGGCAUACAAUUAGCCCGGACUCAUGAGUUAAAGCCCUACAUUAUAUUCAUCAAGCCACCCAGCAUAAGCUGCAUGAGGCAGACCCGUAAAAAUGCCAGGAUCAUUACGGACUACUACGUGAACAUGAAGUUCAAGGAAGAAGAUUUACAGGAGAUGGAAGAAUCGGCUAAGAAAAUGGAAGUUCAGUUCGGUCAGUUCUUUGAUCAAGUGAUUGUGAAUGACAAUUUACAAGAAGCAUCUGCACAGCUGCUGUCUGCAGUACAUCGUGCACAGGACGAACCCCAGUGGGUCCCUGCAGUAUGGAUAUGCUCAGACACUCAGCCCUAAUUCUGAGCAGGAGGCAGCUUCAGAAAGAUUACAGCUUAUGUUUUACUUCAAGAAUAAUCCUAAUGUCAGGAUUGCAAGAAUUUAUCUUUGUAUGUAAGGGAUUUGGAAGAGGAUUACGAAAGAAGCUGCUACAGGACAUAUAAUCAUACUACAUUCUGUGUAGCUCUUGAGCUUUUUAUGUUAAAGUUGUAUCCACUUUUGUACAAAAAAAAAAAAAAGGAAAUACUGUGAGCACUCAAUUACAAGAAUAAAGAAAAAUCUAUUUUGUUGGAUGU